AUCCUAUACAAAAAUAUAAACUUUCAUAUAUCUUCUACAAAAUAUAUAUAUUUCUAUAACUUUUUAUAACAAUAGUUUAAAAACAUAAAUGUUCUACACAUAGUCCUACUCAUAAUAAAUAGUCUGUUUUGGUUAACCAGCACCACACGUUUACCACCGUCUUCAUCUCUCUGUUAUAGAUAUCUUUCAGCAACUUCCAUUAAGAAAUUUUUAAGUGAUCAUCAAGAAGUCUGAAGGAUUUAUGAUUGCUGUGAAACAACUUCCUAAUAGUAUGUGCUACCAUUUCUAUUAAGUUAACUCGCGUUACGUAUAUGAUGGCUACAAAUGCAGUUGUUGGAUUAAGAGCAGGAGAACGGUUAUUAGGUUCAUCGUCUUACUACUCUGAGGUCAGCGAAAAGCUGUCUUGCAGUAGCAAUAUCGGGUUCAUAUUUGUCCCGACUACAAGUUCAAUCAUUUCAAAGAAGUCAACCAACUAUAGCCAUAGUCUUGUAAACAAACGCGAUACUCACCCCACUAGAGCCGUUAAGGAACACGUAGAUACCGCUCUUGAUUCUUCAACUACAGAUCAAUGGGUUCACAGAUUCGACUAUCUGGAUGAAGAAGUCUCGGAACAUGAGUUUCCGGUUGAUGCUUUACUAUUGUUACAUAAAUCUUUAUUGGAAAAACAAUGGACACUAACAACCGAGGAGACAAUAACUACGGAAAAGAAGAGCAAAAAGGUUGUCACGGGUUCAGGGGUAUCUGCCCGAAGGCGUCGAUUAAAUGCUCAAAAUAAAACACUAGCCAAAAAUUGUCAAGAUGGUGGAAAUAAGCAGUUGAGAUCUAUCAUCAGUCCGGAGCUUCUUCAAAGUUACCAAAAAGCGUAUCUUAAAGGUGUAAAAAACGAAGCGUUGUUGACUCAUUCGGAGGUUGUUGCUUUAUCCGAAAAGAUCAAAAUUGGUCUACAAUUAGAGGAAGAGAAGUCAAGUUUGAAGGAAAGAUUGGGGACUGAACCGUCAGAGAAACAACUUGCGGAUUUUCUAAAGAUUUCACAAGUUGACUUGCAAACCAAACAAAUGGAGUGCACGUUGGCAAGAGAGAAGUUGACGUUGAGCAACAUUCGUCUGGUGAUGUCUGUUGCGCAAAAAUAUAAACACAUGGGAGCAGAUAUGUCUGAUCUAAUUCAGGGCGGUCUAAUUGGAUUACUUAGAGGGAUAGAGAAAUAUGAUUCAUCUAGGGGGCACAAGAUUUCUACGUAUGUUUAUUGGUGGAUACGACAGGGUGUCACGAGAACCUUCUUUGAAAAUUCUAAAACUCUUAGAUUGCCUACUCAUUUGCAUGAAAGAUUGAGUGCAAUCCGAAGCGCCAAGGCCAAACUAGAGAGAAAGGGAAUAACUCCAUCGAUCGAUAGAAUUGCCGAAACCCUGAAUAUGUCAAGAAAGAAAGUUACAAACGCCACUGAGGCAGUCUGUAAAGUGUUCUCACUUGACAAGGAAGCCUUCCCUUCUUUGAACGGUAUUCCUGGAGAUACGCUUCAUAGUUACAUCGCAGACGAUUGCCCAGACAACAACCCAUGGCACGGGGUAGACGUAGGGGCUCUCAAGGAAGAAGUAAGAAAUCUCAUUAAAACGACUCUGGGGGAACGGGAAAGAGAGAUCAUACAUCUUUACUAUGGUUUGGACAAUGAAUAUCUUACUUGGGAGGAUAUAAGUAGAAGGAAGGGGUUGUCAAGGGAAAGAGUUAGGCAGGUUGGCCUUGUUGCACUGGAGAAACUAAAACAUGCUGCCAGAAAUACAAAUUUAGCUGCAAUGCUUGUAUAUGACUAAUUUUUGGUACACUUUUGUCUUGAGGAAAAUAUCCCUGUACAUAUUAAUGUUCAUUAUUUAAUUUUCGAAUGUUGCUAAACCGGUAUACAUUACUGACUCGAAAGGCCUGUUUUUUGUAACAAUUGGAGAGCAGUGUAUAGAAAGCUUCAUACUGCAGGAAAAUCUAUCAUUUUGUUCACA